AUGGUGCUCGCGAGGGCGAUCGCAUGCUUGAUAUUUGCACUGGGCGGCAGUAACUUGGCCUCGGCCGUAUCCUUGAUUUCGAAAUCAGAGCGCGGCACGGGUCUCGAUGCGGCUCUUGAUCCCCAGGAUAAGAUGGAUACAGAUCUUGGGUGCAACGACAUCGAAAGCCGCUGGGUGGACGCCUCUGGCUCCUUUUACUCAGGCUCCGUCAUCGAGAUCACGGAGGAGAGCUGGUGCCCCCUGGACGUCAAGGAGGCCGUGCACACGAGCGCGACCUACAGCCACAAGAUCCUGUCCUGCCGAAGGGCGGAGCUCUUCGAGCAGCGGACGAACGGUGUCCAGAAGAAGUUCAGGGCGACCGUGGGCCCGAAUCAGACGCUGUUCGUGGAGUUGCCGAUCAACAACCUGCAGUGGACGCUGGUUCGCGAUUCCGCCAGGAGCAUCAGCUGGCCCUCGGGCCUCCGCCUGUCGUUCGACGACGCGGAGGACGAGCUGAGGCACACUGCAGAGGCGAACCAGCGGAACAGGCUCCCGACGCUGGCGACGAGCGCCUUGCUCAUGGCCGCCGCCCUUGGGGAGGCCCGCUUCGAAGAGGGCGCACCACGUCGCUGGAUUCCCUCCUCGUGGUCGCGGCGAUGGCCGUCGGCCUGGGCGCGUGGCACGUGA